AUAUAUAAAGGGAUCCGUUUUAACUAACCUAUCCGUUGAAAAUGGAGACGCCACUUCUACCUAUGUCGCAUCUAGCUUCAAAUCUUACGUCAACCACAGUUGUCUCAACUACCAUCGAUGGAUCCCCACGCGCCGUCGCUAUUGAUACAGGUGGAAACAUGGAGCCCCUGGCGGCCGUUCCCGACGCAAAGCUUCGCCUCAUGUGCAGCUUCGGUGGCCACAUCAUGCCUCGUCCACAUGACAAGGCCCUAGCGUACUCUAGUGGCGAGACGCGUCUAGUGGUUAUUGAUCGACGCGCUUCACUGGCCUCGCUAAGAUCUCGUCUCUCUAGUAUGCUCCUCAACGGCCGGUCUUUCACACUCAAGUACCAGCUCCCUAGCGAGGAUCUUGACUCACUCGUCACCAUCACUACCGAUGAAGAUCUUGAGAACAUGAUUGAGGAGUAUGAUCGUGCGACGUCAUCAGCUACGGCGGCUGCCACGCAACGGAUACGGUUGUUUCUUUUCGCGAACAAGCUCGAGACGGCUGCUACCAUGGGGUCUCUUCUUGAUAGUGCGAAGUCGGAGACAUGGUUUGUUAAUGCUUUGAACCAUUCCGGUUUGCUUCCUCGUGGUUUGUCGGACUCGGCCGCGGUGAACAACAACUUGGUGAAUCUUGACGAGGCGGAUGAGGGUGAGGGUGAGGUCCAGAAACUAGGAGCGGAUGAGGGUUGCGUGAACAACAAGCAAGGAGGUUAUGUGACAAACGGUGUGAUCUCUCAUCAGGAGAUGCAUAUGAGUUCGAUGCCUGACUCGCCUAUGAUGGAAGCCGCCGGUGGUUCUUCGAUAGGAUCUUCCUCGUCCUCUCCUUCCACAGCCAACUUGCCACCGAUCCGCGUUAGGGUGAGUGAAGACCAGAGGAUGGAACAACAGUUUGCUCAAAUGAGCUUCUCAAACGUGGACGGUCAGACUCAGAGGAAUCUGGAAGAUGGCGUUGGCUUGAUGGCAAAUAGGCCAACGAUGGUCCCAUCGGGUAUGAUGACCGAUUCUGCGAUGGUGUAUAACAACAACACACCUAUUGAUGCUGCUACUACUGUUGCUGCUGCCGCUAUGAGCAAUGGCCAGGUUUCACCACAUGACGAUCGAUCCGAUCCAGGUAUGAUGGCUGGAUAUAGGAAGCCACCUUUGCCGAUGCAGCCAGUGGCGAUCCCACAGCGAGGUGCGGGUGGGUAUGGCUUGACAUCUCCUGAUUCUGUUGCAAGUGAUACUAGCAUUUCUUCUGCUACUUUAUUUUCAAAGCCGGUGUACUACCAAGACCAAGCUCCAGCUAUGCUAAGAGCCCCGGUAACACAGCCUGAAAUUACUCCGGUCCAAACUAGCCACGGCAUACCUCAGCAUGAACCCACUUCAGCCCAAACCACAUCGCCCGUCCUAUCUCAGCCAAGUACAUACACAACUUUGGACCAACAGCACCAACCCCCGGUUCAACAACCUUUCUUACACCAAGGUGUUCAAUACAUUCCUCAUCCAUCACAAUACAUCCCGGUUUACCCUCAUCAGCAGCAAAACUACCCAGUUUACGUGAUGUCUGUCCCGCAAUCUCAGCAAUAUGUUCCAGCUGGAACUCCUCCGCUCUAUCCAAACUCAGCACCUGCCACAAACCCAAGGCCUGAAGUAGCUCAAAACGUUUACCGUUCCCCUAUAUCACAGAAUCCUCAGGUUCAGCAGCAACAACAACAACAGACUCAACAUCAUUACAUGGGUUACGCAGGAGGUUCUCAACACAACACAAACGCAAAUCCUAACUACAGUACUGGAGCGUACGAGUACACACAUCCGCCAAACGAGACAAUGUAUUACCAUGCACAACGUCUUCCCACCAACAAUGCUAUUCCGUUAGCUUCUCCGUAUCAAAGCAUGACACCAGCCGCAGCCGCAGCUGCUUUAGCUGAUAUGUCUAAGCAGAUGAGUCUUGCUAGUGACAAAGAGCAACAACAACAUAUGGCUUCGUCUCAACCGCUCUAAGCAUU